AGAAGCACAGAGGGAGGAAAAAAGAGAAGAAUGGAGGAGAACAGAGACACAGGGAGGAGAACAGAAAAAGGAGAACAGAAAGAGGAGAACAGAGACACAGGGAGGAGAACAGAGGUAAAGAGAGGGGAACAGAGAGAGGAGAACAGAGACGAAGAGAGGAGAACAAAGAGAGGAGAACAGAGACGAAGAGAGGAGAACAAAGAGAGGAGAACAGAGACGAAGAGAGGAGAACAAAGAGAGGAGAACAGAGACGAAGAGAGGAGAACAAAGAGAGGAGAACAGAGACGAAGGGAGGAGAACCAACAGAGGAGAACAGAGACAAAGGGAGGAGAACAGAGAGAGGAGAACAGAGACGCAGGGAGGAGAACAGAGAGAGGAGAACAGAGACACAGGGAGGAGAACAGAAAAAGGAAAACAGAAAGAGGAGAACAGAGACACAGGGAGGAGAACAGAGGUAAAGAGAGGGGAACAGAGAGAGGAGAACAGAGACGAAGAGAGGAGAACAAAGAGAGGAGAACAGAGACGAAGGGAGGAGAACCAACAGAGGAGAACAGAGACGAAGGGAGGAGAACAGAGAGAGGAGAACAGAGACGAAGGGAGGAGAACAGAGAGAGGAGAACAGAGACGCAGGGAGGAGAACAGAGAGAGGAGAACAGAGACGAAGGGAGGAGAACAGAGAGAGGAGAACAGAGACAAAGGGAGGAGAACAGAGAGAGGAGAACAGAUACAAAGGGAGGAGAACAGAGAGAGGAGAACAGAGGUGAAGAGAGGAGAACAGAGAGAGGAGAACAGAGGUGA